GUUCAGAGGGGGAAGAACAUUUAUCCUUCUUGAAUCCCUAAUCUUUAAUCGAUUUGCAGACCAGCAAGGACAGAAUUGACCAAUCUCCAUUAAUGAGGCAAAAACUGAAGGGUGUAGGACAAACAUGUCUUUCUGAUGCUUCUGUUCUUCUGCUGUGGGGAGGGCAGCACAGAAAAAUUGAUGCCCUAAUAAUUGAGGACAUCACAACUCAUUAGAUGGAUAAGGUUGGGGGGAGCAUUAUUGUUUGGUGUAUCACUUUUCUAGCCUGCUGUGGGGGAAGUGGGUUCUUCUGUUUCUGGUGCUGAAAACCUACAGAUAUCUGAAGGAAAUAUGUGGUUCUCCUCCUAGCUGAUUGUUGUUUUAGGUACUAACUUAGGCACAUUGUAAAUACCUAGUUGUGGAAUAUGCCUUUUUUUCUUCUUACUGCAUCAGACUAGACUACCCUAGAAGUCAGUUUCUCCAAACAACAUUUUGACUGUGGUCCAUCUAGUAAAUGACAAAACAUAACUGUUUUUCCUCUGUUGUUGGCUUUGUAUCUAGCAGAACCUGCAGUGUGGGGAGAGUGUGACGAUUGAAGGGCAAACAUACACGAUAUCGUCGGUCACUCAUCGGUACCAGCUCCGGAAGGGGAAGUACGAACCCAGCGAGAAGAGGCUUGAUGUUCUGUCCACAGGGAGAUACAUCUUGAACCUGUAUCUCGAAAAUUUGCUUGAACAAUCUUGACCAGCCGGCUAUCCAUCCAACCUAAUCCUCUUUGACCAGCAUUAUGUUUAGCUCCAAAACCGACUCUCAAGCCUGAAUAUGCCGAUCUCUUAUUUAUCUUAGCGCUGCACAAAGCUCGUGAGGAACUUGUUUAUAAGAUUGAACUCUCCCUAAGCAUUGCAAAUCUGCUAGCUUCAUUUGUAUCCAGCAGCAGCUGAGUACCCGGUAGCAAUAUCUCGGCUAUCAGGUCCAUCUUUUGUAAUCCAUAAGACUGUUAAGACUGUACCAUAUCUAUCAUCAGGAAGCGUACAUUGUCAAUCAUCUGAAGUAUCUUGUACCGCGCAUAGAAUCUUGUAACGAUAUUUCAAUGUGUUUAGGGUGCUUGCUUUCUCUUACGACUUAAACGCGCAGCUCACUCUCUUGCCCGUCUGAUGUUCUGUGUUGUAGGCAAGGAAGGAGUUAGUUAAGGGCACCGUUUGGUGGUGAGAGGUCUUGGCUGGCUGGCAAUGGAUGAUGGUGGGACUGGGACACUGAGGUGAGAUACGAAUACGAUUGCUUUGUCUGCAUGAUGAUUUGUUAUGUGUUAUUAUCUCUUCCCAGAUUUUUUCCACUGCAAUUUGCAUGCUAUAUUAUGAAAAUGAUUUGUCUCGGACAUGCUUUUUUGAGGGCCUUUUUUGCAUUAGGCCGAUUGAUGGGUCGAUUCAUUUUUGUGUGUGGAGAUUGAGGUUUUCGUCCCCACAGACUUUGGAAGCAUGUCUAUGGUUGUUUGUUCUUCUCUCUGAUAUCUGACCCGGACCCGGGUCAUCGUAGGGUCGCGCUCGCUCCACGUGGUCGAAUCUAAGAACGUAGACAUGGACGAAUGGCUGAGAUGGCAGGAGGAUCAGUACACGGAAUGGAAGGCACCCGUACCGUUUGAUGUGAAAAUGGCGGGAGGGACAUGAAACAACACAACCACCAUAGAUGCUGCUGCCUAAGCCUAACCUCUGCCCUACACACUACAAUUGCUUUGCCCUGAGUGGGUCCAACCUUGAACCGGACCCUUCCUUGGUUGGAUCAUGGCAUUGGCACCAGCCCAAAUCAGGUUGAAUGAUUCCUUAUGGGGUUGGAAUCAGGUAAUGGUUUAUAGGAUGGCGUGUUUCGUGAUUUAUGGUCAUUGGAUGUUCGCGUAAAUGUGUGGUUCAACGGUUAGAUCGUAAUUGGAUUGAUGGUAUAUUUAGUUAUGUGCUUGUUUUAUUGGUUUUGGUUAGAUUGAGUGAUUUGGCUACACGGGUUAAUACAGGUCGUGACUCAAUCAAGUUACUAAUAGUUUGAUGGUUGUAGGAAAAGGUCUAGAAAGCUCGAUUAAAUUUGAAAGGAAAGAGAUAGUUGUAUUGCUGAUAUAAAAUCAUAUCAUUCAAGAGAUAAAACUUGUACUUACUAAUAAGCUACAUAUGCAUACUUAUAUAUUGAAGCUACAUACGGACUAUGCAAAACUAAGAUCGAGGGCGAAAACAUAAGGAAUGAAACUUGACCAAAAGGAUGACAUAUAUUCUAUUCAGUCAGAGAUUUCAUCAUUGUGGCACAAGAAUAGUGCUAACUCUAAAAUCACUCGUUUAUCAUUUUUUGUGUUUGUAUAUUAAGAUGUGAAUAAAAAUUAAUAAUUGUUUAAAAUUUAUUGUAUUCAUUAAAAAAAUAUAGUCAUUGUUAUAGUCAUAAAAGAAAUAUAGCCAUUGUUAUCGAUGGUCAGUGCCCAAAUAAAAACCAGGCAGUAAAAUUUGACCGAAUCGAAAUACCAGAGUGUAUGAGUCGAAGUAAAAAAAAUGUCAUUAGGAGCAAAAGAAAAAGGUUAAUGAAAGGAGGUUAGUUUAAUAAACUUUGUUUAGGGGGGGCGCAUUGUAAUUUGCAUCAUAAGAUGCGCCGGGGAAGGAAGCGCCAGCCGGCCACGUGCUACUGCCGGGCUCUAUUCACGUGCGUCCAUGUGAGCCCUUCCCCUUCCUCCCAACGAGGUUCCAAUUUUCGUACCAUUUCUCUUUUAUGUAUUUGUUGUUCUUACGGUAUUUUCCUUUCACAAUAUUACCAUGCAAAAUCAUCACAAUAUUAGAAGCUAAUUAUGUGUUGCAAUAAUUAAUUUAGAUGACCAAUGCUUUUCUCCGGUGCAAACUUAGUUCAGUAUUAAUCACCAAUUAAUUUGGCAGGCUUGUAGGCUGUUGGUAUGAGUACGUCGCAUUUUAUGUCUCUGCUUCUUCAAAACUACGAUUACAACAAGUUUGUUGCUAGUAUGAACAUAACCAAACAAAAUAAAUGAUUAGUCGUCGGUCGAAAUUCGCACGCGUUGUGCUGAUGCUUCAGCAAGAAAUGAUUGCUCUUUGAACCUAGAAGAUAGGGGAGGACGGGAUUAGAUUGGCUUCGGGUAAAUGUUGAUGAAAUUGUUGGAUUGAGUAAAGAGUUUGAUUUUGGAUAAGAUACAAGUUAGUCCUUGUCGAGACACUCGUGCCCGUAUACAUCAUGUGAUAAAUACCACAUUUUUUCAUUAUUCGUUCAAAUGAGAUUGUGGGAUAAUUUGGAUCGAAAAUUAGACAUAAAUAGAAUAACUAAUAAAAUGAUUGUUAUGCUGAUUACUUCAGACGUCAAUAAUAAAUUUAUUAAAAAAGGAAAACGUUAGGUACUAAUUCAUUAGUGACGCUAAGUUAAGUGGCCACUCUGUAAUAAUGGCUUCACUUGUUUGGACUUUGGAGUGGGGAAGAAAAAGUCGAAGAAAACGCAAAAAACGGCUAUUGUAUUGCAAUGGAUUAUUGUAUUAAUUCCUACAUCUCCACCACAUUGAAUUAGCAAAGCAAAUAACACCAUUAUCGUUAAACACUGAUUAGUCAGCUCUUUAUCUCUCUCUCAUUAAGGGCCACUAAUCUCGUUUUUGUUAUUGAUAAACUUUCUUAAUAUAGUUUCAACAAGAAGACAAUCACGGAUAAGAAAUAGUGGAAUACAUUACUCGGUAUAUUUGUUUAGAACUUUAGAUUCCCAGGAAUUAAUUAAAAGGAAGGAAAAAAAAAACUGAAGUUCUUACUCAAUUAAUUGCCUGAAUUAUCAGAUUCCUUUCAGGAACCAGUAGCCAAAAGCUCUGAUUUGUCAGUCUCCCAACGAAGAAAAGAAAAGAUAAACUGCUUUUUCCACUAGAAAAGAUGAUUACUUUCUUGCGGGAAUAGAUAUAUAAUAAUGUUCUUUCCCCCCUUCUCAUUUAUAUGUCAAAGUUAAUCAUUUUCCAUAUAAUUCAACCCUUUUUUCUCUGUGAUUUGUUCGUUUUCUCUCUCGGCCAAGUGCCAGCAGCCAGUCGGGCUCUCUUCUCUUUGCCUUGGCGAUCUGAUCUGAAAGAAAGAAGAGAAGAACAAAAGGGGUUUCACUUUCUCCUCUUUCUCAGUUGGGUUUUGGGCCUUUUGAGGCAGCAGCCGCUGCGAGUGUCGAUUCUUGAGAUUUCUCUCUCUCUCUGCCUAUUUCCUUUCGCUUCCUCUUCUGCUUCUGCAGUUCUGCCAUUUGGGUGUGCUUGUACAGUCAUGCAAGAUUGCUUCUUUCUGCACUCCUACCCUUGCAUUUCUGGCUGCUGCUCUCUUCUCCUGCUUCAAACCAGGUAAAGCCUUUUCUUGGGCUACUGUUUGGUACACAAUAAGGGGUUUCUGUGUGUAAAGUUCGCAGCUUUUGGUUUGUUCUUCAUGUCUUGACUGCUACAUUCUUGUUCUACUCCUCUGGAAUCUGAAGGGUUGUUUUCUGUUUCCUGUGUGCGUGAGGAAGGUCUAUUUUCUGUGUGUGAAGAAAGCAAUGACGAUUUCUUGGUGUUUUGUGCGUUUAAUUUGGGAUAUCUUGCUGAAAGAGAUAAAAAGGGGGACUGGUUUUUGGAUUGUCUUCAUUGCUUGCAAAUAUCAUAUGCCGUAGUCUUUUACAGUAUCAAUCCUCGACUUGUGUUCUAUGUUUCUAUCUUGUUUCCACCGAUUGUGGGUUGGACUUUGUUUCUCUAUUGUGUCACCAGUCCAUCAAUAAUUCAUCAUCAGUGAUCGGAUCUCUUAGGGGGUAUAUUUCUAUUAUCCUAAGCAGCAGUAAUGUGGAUCUGCUCCAAUUUUCUCUUUGAGGGAAGGUUUUAUUUUGUCCCACUUGAUUUUGUCUGGUACAGGAAUCCUAGAAAUUGUAGCGUUCCCUUGAUUUGUUUUUUUGGGUGGCAGUGAAUGAAUGAGUACAAUUAGUCGGUUGCAGUUUAAAAUCCUCAGGAUAUACUCUUUGUUAAUGGCUACAAGCUCUAGCAUCUCAUAUAAUCAAUCAAUCCCUUUGUGUUUCAGUUCUGGUUUUUGAGUUACUGCUCCUCCCUCCAUGGCGUCAUUGGUUGAUGAUGGAGGAGUUUGCCCUUCAACAAAAACCAGCAAGAAAUCAUCUGUUCCAAGAGUCCCCAGUAGCCCUCCUUUGAGCUCCUGCUCAACAUCUCGGUCUCAGCCUUCUAAACAGAUGUCCUCAUACUCUAAUGGUUAUAUGGAUCAUGCGAUGAAGGGUGGUUCUGAUCAAGGAUUCGACGAGCCAUCCCACAAAACUGCCAAACAUUUCUUCAGCUCAAGUAGUAAGGAACAAGAGCCGGACUUCACUAUGCCAUCUUCUACUGUUGAUAAGAAGGAUUCAGUGUUAGUAGUAGAGUCCACUUGUGAUGAUCACGAGACGUCCACUACUACUACUUCAGAUGGCUCAAUCGAAUCUGGAACAGAUUUGGGCAGUGGUCAGAAUAACAACAACCGUGCACCUUUGCCAUCUCGACCUGUUGGAGGCCUUUGUUCGAGCCCUUCAAAUAGCGUCUACACAGGCACAUUGUAUGCAGAGGCGAAACAGAGCUUCACCAACAGUGAAGAAGCGAGCACAAACAUCGAGAGCAGGAAGACUAGCAGCAUCUACAGAGCCAGCACAGGGAGUGAUGUCAGUGACGAGAGCAGCACGAGCAGUUUGAGCAGCAGCACAUUGUACAAGCCUCACAAGGCAAAUGGUGAUGUGAGGUGGGAAGCAAUCCAGGCUGUCAGGGCCCAUGUUGGAGGAGCUCUCGAGCUGAAGCACUUUCGAGCUGUGAAGAAGCUCGGGUGUGGGGACAUAGGUAAUGUUUAUCUUUCCGAGUUGACCAGCACCAGGACGUAUUUUGCAAUGAAGGUCAUGGAUAAGUCGUGUUUGGCGGCUCGGAAGAAGCUUCUGAGGGCCCAGACGGAGAGGGAGAUUCUGCAAUCGCUGGAUCAUCCGUUUUUGCCCACUUUGUAUUCUCACUUCGAGACCGAGAAAUGGGCUUGCUUGGUGAUGGAGUUCUGCCCUGGUGGUGACCUCCAUUCCCUCAGGCAAAGGCAACCUGGAAAGUUCUUCCCUGAGCAUGCUGCCAGGUUCUAUGUUGCAGAGGUCCUCCUUGCUAUGGAGUACCUGCACAUGCUUGGGAUCAUAUACCGAGACCUGAAGCCUGAGAAUGUCUUAGUACGAGAAGACGGCCACAUCAUGCUCUCAGACUUCGACCUCUCCCUCAGAUGUGCUGUCUGCCCAACUCUCGUCAAAUCGUCUAAACCCAACUCAACCGUCGACUCCAAGAACUCUGGAUACUGUGCUCAGCCGUCCUGCAUCGAGCCCACCUGUGUGAUCCAGCCAGACUGCAUUCAGCCAGCCUGCUUCGGACCACGGUUCAUGUCUAAAAAGAAGAACAAGAACAAGAAGAGCAGCAGCACCAACAGUAACAGCAAGUCGAGGCACGAGGUGAAUCAUCAGGUGAACCCACUCCCAGAGCUGAUGGCGGAGCCCACCAACGCACGAUCCAUGUCGUUCGUGGGGACCCACGAGUACUUAGCACCAGAGAUCAUAAAGGGGGAAGGACAUGGAAGCGCUGUGGACUGGUGGACUUUUGGGAUAUUUCUGUAUGAGCUGCUGUUCGGCAAGACUCCGUUUAAAGGUGCUGGGAAUAGGGCCACGUUGUUCAAUGUGAUCGGUCAGCCAUUGAAGUUCCCUGAAACUCCCAGUGUGAGCUUUGCUGCUAGGGACUUGAUCAGAGGGCUGCUUGUGAAGGAGCCACAGCACAGGCUUGCUUAUAGACGGGGAGCUACCGAGAUCAAGCAGCAUCCUUUCUUUCAGAGCAUCAACUGGGCACUGAUUCGGUGCACUAGCCCUCCUGAGGUGCCAAGGCAGGCCAUGGCGGACAUAUUGAGAGCCGAGAAGUUGGCGGCUGCGACGGCUGGUGGUGGUGUGAAUGGAGGAGUUGGUGGUGGGAAUGUGGAUGUGAAGCCUGCAGGUAAUUAUUUGGACAUUGAUUUCUUUUGAGUUGUGCUGUUGUAGAGUUGGGGCUUGUUGCAGCAUCCUCUGAUGCUGCUGAUUGAUGAUGAUCAAUUGUAAUGUGGGUGUCCUUUUCUCAUUGGGGAGAAAAUCAGGCUAUAUGAAAAGGGAAGAGAACCUGUGAAGGAAUGGGGGGAAGAUUGUGGGAGGGGGUAGUGAUGGAUGGAAUGAACGUGUAAUCAGCUUUCAUCUCAAUGCAAAACACACAUCCAUUGUGGUUGGAAUUAGGUGUUUGGUUAGGUUUCAGACUGUCACAAAAUGUUCAUCUAUGUGCUCAAUUCAAUCAAUUGGUUCAUGGAAUGAAAUACCAGUGCAAAGUAAUCACCUAUUUAAGCUUUCAUUAACCACAUAUGAGGUCUAAUAUAUCAUUAGAAAAUCCAAGCAUGAAGCCUCAAAUCAUUGCCAUUUUGCAUGUGAUUUGGAUGCUUGGCCAACUCGGCUUGUCCAAGAAUGGGAACUCGAGUGGUUUCAUAGCUGUCCUUUAAUCCCAAGCCCAAAAACAAUUGCCAAAUUUUUUGGUUGGCUGAUUCCCCAAUCAAGAUUUCAGAUAUUAAACACUUUUACUUUACAUCGGAAUUCAGCAUCGAGUCUAAUCCCAAUAAUUGACCCACAUGGCAAGCUUUUAAUUUUUUUUUUUUAUAACUGGCAAGCUUUUAAUUAAUUAGGACCCAGAUAGAUUUUUUUUAAUUAUGAUUCAGUACAUGUGUGUUGUGGCGCAUCAAAUAGCAAAAUCUUAUAUUUGAGAACCAAACUUAAAUUGAUCUAUGAUUUUAAAUUUCUAUUUCUAAAUCAGGGGAAUGUCAUUUCACGACGAUGGCCUAGCCGUGAGAUGCCUAAUAAGCACGCCUCAAUCCUUCUUUUUUUUUUCUUUGACAAUAAAGGGUAUGAUAUUGCAUAUCACUUGGUUGCGGUUACAACAUGGGGUUACAACAAAGGGAAAAGAACAUAGAGCACAGUAGCCCAGUCAAUGGGGAGGCAAUCUCCAGCACAUGAUCUAGUAACUCAAUCAGCUUUGACAUUGAAAGAAAGCUUAACAUGAGAAACUUUGGGUUCGUUUGCUUGUUGGAUUUGAAAAUGAGAGUUGAGGUUUAAAAACUUUUGGAUUUAUGAUAGAUUUUUUGCAUUAUGGAUUUGGAAGAGUUCAUUGUUUGUUUGGUUAAUUUUUAUUAGGGUGCGUUGGGAUACAAUGAUUUGAAUUUGGUAUUUGUGAUUUGGAUUUCCAAAUACCAAAUCAUGUGUUUGGAUAUUAAUUACAUUUGGUAUUUGGAUUUGUGUCAAAUUCAUGGGGUGAUUUCCAAAUACAUGUCUAGUGUAUUUUUUGUCAACUUCAAAUACAUUUCAACAACUAGUGAUUUGAAAUACCUCCUAACAAAAGAAUGGACCUAUU